AAGCUUCCCUGCCGCUGCUGCAGAGCUCUGACUUGUACCCAGAGUUAACCCAUGUGCUCUUCAAAAGCAAGAAUGAGGACUAGCUGAUUAAUCAACAGGCAGGAUCCUGCUCUAGGAAGAUCAGGUUGCAAUCCUGCCUUUGUAGCUUUACACCACACCCCCACGUAUUAUCUUAAAUGUGACUUAGCAGGGGAGGACCGCAUUCAGGGAUCCUCUGUGUGUAUAAGAACUGUUUCUAGGAGUUUGGAAAGAUGAAAGGAAGAAAGAGGGGAUGGUUCUUACCUUUAACCUUUAUCAUGCUGUUUGUCUGUAUCGCUGGACAUGUGACUGAUGACUCAGAUGAUGGCGAAGAAGAGGAUGUUCUUGGUGCUCCUUUGCCACCGCUGAAACUGGGGCAUUCGAUCUGUGCCCUGAAAGCAGAUGAAGGUCCAUGCAAAGCUAUCCACGUGCGCUAUUAUUUCAACAUUCAAAGCCGUGAGUGUGAAAUAUUUGAAUAUGGAGGAUGCCAUGGCAAUGAAAACAACUUUCUAACACUGGAAGAAUGUCAGAACAAGUGUGUGGUAACAGAAAUGUCUCUGAAGAUGAUGCUAGCAAAAAUGAAGCAAGAAAAGCCUGACUUCUGUUUUCAUGAGAAAGACCCUGGAACCUGCAGAGGCUUUUUUUCCAGAUAUUUCUAUAACAAAGAGACAAAACUAUGUGAAAUAUUCAAGUAUGGUGGGUGCCUAGGAAACCAGAACAACUUUAAGAGUUUGGAAGAAUGCCAGACUACCUGCCAAGGCAACUCAAACUUAUUGCCAGAUUCUCCAACUGAAAAUCAUCCUAACCCUAUGAACAGUAGCUCCCCAGAGGAAGAGCACAACCAGUUUCCAAGGAUAUUUGUAAAUUUGUUGCCAACUGCUCCAAAUGAGGAGAAGUCCAAUAUUAUGAACAGUAGUUACCCAGAAGAAGAGCGCAAGCAGUUUCCCAGGUUUUUCGAACCACCUGCUAUACCUUCUUUGUGCAUGACUCCUAUGGAUAAAGGACUUUGUAGAGCUAAAGAGACAAGAUUUUUCUACAACUACUCAACUGGAAGAUGUCGCCCAUUUAACUAUAGUGGUUGUGGUGGGAAUGAAAAUAAUUUCACCUCCAGAAAGUCGUGUUUGAGGAUCUGCAAGAAAGGAUUCAUUAAAAAUAAAGGUGAAAGAAGAGUAAUAAAAAUCAAGAAGAAGAAAAAGAAACUGUCAGUAAAGGCUUUGGAAGAGGAAAGCAUCCCUGAAAGAAUACAACUUUGAUUUUUUAUGGAAAUGGGAAGUAAACUGCUCUUCACCUGUGAAUGAAAGCCUCUAGUGUACCCAAUUUAAAUAUAUGUACUGUACUCAUUAUUUAGAUUGCAUAUUAUUAAGCUGUUUAUGUUUUUAUUAUGUAUGCCUCCUUUUACUUAAUAAACAUUACUUUGUACUUUGGAAAAGAGCACUUAAAAUGUAGUUUGACUAUAUAAUUGCUAGAGAUGAAACAGGACAGAACAGGCUAUGUGGGCAUAGAAUUCAUAAUAAUUAAAAAGUAGGCAAGAUUCAAAUUUAUUUUAUUUCCCCAUUCUUUUCUGAAAUCUAUUUUGGUCCUAAAAAAGAAGUCUUGUCAAAGAGUAAUCACUUGUCAAGCAUGAUUAUUUCAAUCUUAGAUUAAAAGAUGAGUCUACUGAUAAAAAGAGGAAAUAGGCAAUGGAUUUGUUUUAAUCAGACUUAUUUUGGGUUAUGCAAGCUAGAUGCAACUCCAAGAGCAUAGAAUUAGACUUGGCAAAUGAACGUGAAUCAGAAUUAACCCACCAAAAGCAUAAAGAGAAUGUUCAAGUUGUGUAUGACACAAAGUGACAGAUAUUUACAAAAAUAAAAAUAAAAUAUAUUUGUUGGGUUCAUC